AUGGAAAUUAGUAAUUUCGUUGAGAAUAAUCGCAGUGUCAGUGUACGAAUUUUCUCAGAGGAUGAGCAGGAACUCACUGAAGCUGCAAUCAUACUACCUUUUUCCACAACUCUAACGCAAUUGCAGAUUUUAUGCAAUCAGUUGUUGGGCAGCUCGGACGAUCCAGUUCCGAUAACAUUUCGGACAAGAGAUGGCAUUUUGAUCGAAACUUCUUUAGAGGACUCAAUACCACAACAAAAAAUUGACUCAGAAAAGAGCACUGAAUUGGUAUAUUAUCCUGAAGCAGUGUUCCGUGUGAGGCCAGUAACUCGAUGUACCUCUUCAAUUUCUGGGCAUGGUGAGCCUGUGAUUAGUGUACAGUUCAGCCCAAAUGGAAGGGAGCUUGCUAGUGGUUCGGGUGAUGCAACUGUGCGUUUCUGGGAUUUGAAUACAGAGACGCCACUGUAUACUGCCAAAGGACAUACAAAUUGGAUACUGUGUAUCGCUUGGUCACCCGAUGGCAAAAAGCUUGCUUCGGCUUGCAAAAAUGGACACAUCUGUUUAUGGAAUACUAAAAGUGGAACACAAAUCGGCAAAAGAAUGACCAGUCACAAACAGUGGAUAAAUCAGCUUGUCUGGGAGCCAUAUCACAAAGAUCCGUAUUGCAGACAUUUGGCAAGUGCUGGAAAGGACGGCGAAAUCAGGAUUUGGGAUACUGUGAAAUGUGAAAUGAUUCGAUGUUUGACAGGACAUACAGCAUCAGUAACAUGUAUGAAAUGGGGUGGACAAGGACUUAUUUAUACUGGUUCACAAGAUCGUACGAUCAAAGUAUGGCGCGCAGAAGAUGGUAUCUUGUGUCGUACUUUAGUUGGUCAUGCCCACUGGGUCAAUACUUUAGCUUUAAAUGUGGAAUAUGCUUUGCGUAUAAGUUUUUACAAUGCUUUGGAGCAAUCUACGAUAUUAGAUGAUGACAUGGCAAUGCGUCAAAAAGAAGCUUUGCAUCGGUAUGACUCAGCUAAGGGUACAUGUGGUGAGCUGUUAGUUUCUGGAUCUGAUGAUUUUACUUUGUUUUUCUGGAAACCAGCGGAUGAGAAGAAACCUCGGACACGUAUGACUGGCCAUCAGCAGCUAGUGAAUCAGGUAAUGUUUUCCCCGAAUACUCGGUACAUUGCAUCGGCAUCAUUUGAUAAAUCAAUUAAAUUGUGGUGUGGACGAACGGGCGCUUUUCUUGAUACAUUACGGGGACACGUCCAAGCGGUUUAUCAAAUCGCCUGGUCGGCUGACAGUCGAUUGCUCGUUUCUGGUUCGGCAGAUUCAACGUUAAAAGUUUGGGACAUACAUAAACGUGGUCUCUGUAUGGAUCUUCCGGGACAUGGUGAUGAAGUUUAUGCGGUGGAUUGGAGUCCAGAUGGUACUCGAGUAGCUAGUGGUGGAAAAGAUAAAUUGCUAAAAUUGUGGCGUCAAUAA